AACCAUUCAUUCAUCGUCUCAUGUGUAAAUUGUAUGAAAGUGAUUUAACGAGUUAUCAGUGGCAAUGCAUAAAUCAUUUUUAAAUGAACAUACUAAAUUUAGAGACAGCUUAAACACUGAGGAUUUGGAUAAAUUUUCAAACUUUUUCAAUGAUAAAGAUAAGAUUAAAUAUAUCUAUGAACGUCUAUAUAAUGAAAGCAUAAAAAUUGAUAUAGAUGAAUCACAACAAUCUCGGGCUAUUGGAAAAAAUGGUACUAAAGUGUUGGAAAUUAAAAAAACAGGCACUAAGUAUUUUCAAAAAUCAGAUAAUAUUCAAGCAUUACAUUGGUACAGCAUAGCGAUUUUAUAUUGUCCUCAAGUUACUAAUGAUUGGCUGAAACAAUUAUCAAUUCUCUAUGCCAACCGGUCAGCGUGUCUUUACCAUUUGAAAUUCUAUGAUCUAGCAAUUGCAGAUAUCCAGAGGGCAUUUGAACAUGAAUAUCCAAAUGAGCUCCGAUAUAAAGUCUAUGAAAGGAAAGCUAAAUGUCUGUUAGCUACUAAUCGUUUGAAAUCUGCACUUGAAUCAUUUAAAGCGACUUUACAGACAUUAGAUGAUUCGAAUCUAUCUCUAGAAAAGAGGCGAAAAUGGCAGCUGGAUGUUCAAAUUAUGGUUGCGAUGCUCUCCCAAGAUAAAAAUGCUAAAAAAGAUGUUGAGCUAAAAAAUAAUAAGGAUAGUCAUAAGUUAUAUGGAGCUCCAAAUGAUUUGUACCCAGCAGCAACAAAUGCAAUGAAAAUAGAAUAUAACUCAUUAGAAGGAAGGCAUGCUAGAGCUUCCAGAAAUAUCCCUGUAGGUAAAGUGAUUCUUAUUGAAAAGGCCUAUGCUUCUGUUUUACUUCAAAAGUAUGGCCAUUCACAUUGUACCAAUUGUUUUAAUAAGUUAAUCGCACCACUUCCUUGCCCUGGUUGUAGUAAUGUAGCGUUUUGUGAUGAAUCAUGUAAGGAAGUUGCUAUGAAAUCAUAUCAUGCUUUUGAAUGUUUAAUGAUGCCAACAUUAUUUUCACAUGAAAUAUCAAUUUCUUGUUUAAUUGCUCUUCGAAUCAUAACUCAAAAACCAUUAAAAUACUUUACUAGCAUUGAAUUUUAUUUAAAUAAACUGCAGGAAUCUAAAUUACCAAGUAUAAAAUAUGAACCCAAUGAUUAUAUUAAUCUGUAUAGUUUGGUCACUCAUCGUGAGUCAAGAUCUAUUCAUGAUAUAUUACAUAGAGCUCACCUCGCAACAUAUUUUUUGUGGAAUUUGAAAAAGACAAAUUACUUUCCAAAACAUGAUAAUGAAAAUGAAUUUUUAACUGACGAUGAAGCUUUCAUAGGAAGUUUAAUUCUUCACCAUCUUGAACUUCUUCAAUUUAACGCUUUCGAAGUUUCAGAAAUACAAGAUUCUAGUGGAAAUGAUCAACAUUCAAUUUUUAUCGGCGGCUCUGUUUAUCCAACACUUGCAUUACUCAAUCAUUCUUGUAACCCAUGCGUCGUUAGGUAUCACAAAGGUACUAGUGUCAUUGUACAGACUAUUCGUGAAUUAGACGUUGAUGAUCCUAUAACGGAAAAUUAUGGACCAAUGUUUGCAUUCCACACUAAAGAUGAACGACAGAAUACACUUAAAAAACGGUAUUGGUUUGAAUGUCAUUGUAUAGCGUGUUCUCAAGAUUGGCCAUUGUAUAAUGAAAUGGAAAUGAGCAGAUCACUCAGAAUUAAAUGCUCAAAUUGUAAAAAUGCAAUCACUAUUUCUUCGGAAUCUAUGGAUUUUACUGCCAAAUGUAAUAUAUGUUUUAAAUCCACCAAUUUAUUUGAAGAUUUAAAAGUUCUACAGAAAACUGAAAGUUUAUUUAGUGAAGCAAAAAUUUGUAUGGGUAAUGGAGAUUAUCUAAAGGCUUUACCAAUAUUGUCAUCUCUCUUGACAUUAUUUCACAAGCACCUAGUACAACCAUUUAAGGAUUAUCAUUUAUGUCAAGAAGCUGUAAAAAAAUGUAUACUAGCAUUAGGAAAUAAGCAAAAAAGAAUAAUUAAAUAGUGUAUAGUUGUCAGUAUUUUAUUAGUUUAUUUUUAAGAUAAUUCAUAAAUAUAAUUAAUACAAUUCAUAUAAAGCCUAGAAAUUAUAGUCAUUAUAAAAAAUAUAUGUGCAAAAAAAAAUUAUAAAUCUAUUAACAUGUAAUAUCAAUAAAAGUCUAUAUAAAUAAAUCAUAAAUUUUAGUCUUUUGUACCAUUUUUCUAAAUAGUUCUUUACAUUUAUUCUUACAAUUAAAACUUGUCAAAACAAAAAUUGUUAAAGCUAA